AUGAAUUCAACUGUCGAGCAUUGGCAGCAUCAGUAUGGCAUCGCGGGGUUGUCAAGGCUUCGUGCCUGGACCGUUGCGCAGGCUACCGGCUUGCUCGUGGUCAUCUUGAUAGCACGCUUCCUCGUGAAGCUCAUCAAUCACCGCCGCAUGUUUCAGCGACUCCAACGACAGGGCCUACCGAUGCCCCCUCACGACUUCCUGCUCGGUCACCUCAAGCUUGCGGCUACGAUCGCUAAGACUCUUCCGAACGAUUUCCAUGGGCACUACUUGGCAGGCGAGAUCAGACGAGCAUAUCCUGACCUCCCGGCUGUUUUCUACUUGGACUUGUGGCCGACUGGCCCGCCAUUAAUGGUUAUGACGACAAGCCACGACCAGGCACGAGUUACAGCGCAUGAGCCGCAACUCCCCAAACAUGAGGGCGUGUUGGGAUUCCUGAAGCCGCUCAUCGGGAGCCAUGGUCUCGUCACGAUGGAAGGAGACGAGUGGCGGUACUGGCGGGGCGUGUUCAAUCCUGGGUUCAACGCUGCGCAUCUUGUGACUCUGGUACCGGGCCUCGUUGAAAAUACGCUGGUGCUGCAUGAGAUUCUGCGAGAAAGUGCUGCCGCAGGCGAAAUCUUCUCAUUGUUUGAGACUAUGUCGCGGUUGACCAUGGACAUGAGUUGUCUCGCAACGCUAGGUUCUCGUUUGAAUGCUCAGAGAGAGGGAUGCGAUCUUGUAUCAGCGUUUCGCAGCCAAGCUGACUGGAUACCAUCUCCCAACGAGACAAACCUCUUCAGGAAAUUCAACCCUGUGAGACACUUGGUCUACCGCUAUAAUCGGUGGAGGAUGGACAGAUAUGUUUCGAACGAGCUCGAGACGCACUUCGCUGCAAUGCGCUCCCAGGCUCAGCUUGGAGCUUCGGAAUCCGAAAAAACAACGAUCCCGAGAAGAAGCAAGGCGGUGGUCGACCUUGCACUGGAAACAUAUCUCCUUUCGGACAAGAACAACGAAUAUUCUAGUCAGAAAAUGACCAUGGAUCCAACGUUCAAGCAAUAUGCUGUCUCGCAGAUGAAGCUCUUCCUUUUCGCCGGGUAUGACACCACAGCUGCUGCGGUGGUCUACUCAAUCCACCUUCUUUCGCUUCAUCCGUCUGCCCUGUCAAGAGCGCGCCAAGAGCACAAUGGUGUUUUUGGAGCCGGCAGCACUGUCGAAGUCACUGGAAGUCGUAUCGCGGAAGCCCCUCAACUUCUCAAUCGACUGGCAUACACAUCCGCUGUCAUCAAAGAGGCUCUCCGGCUAUAUCCGCCAGUGUCAAGCACGCGUGCAUCUGGGCCAGGCUUCACAAUAUCGGAAACCGACAAGACGCAACUUGAAGGGUUCAUGCUCUGGGGCGUGCACCACGCUAUCCACCGAGCCCCGGAGCACUGGGUAAGACCAGACGAUUUCGUCCCGGAACGCUGGCUGGCCUCUCCGGGUGAUGAGCUGUACCCCACGGACAAGGAGGCGUGGCGGCCGUUCGAGCGGGGCCCGCGAAACUGCAUCGGCCAGGAACUUGCACUAUUGGAGGUGAAGGUCAUUCUGGCCAUGGUGCUGAGGGAUUUCGACUUUGCGGAUGCUUACGUUGAAUACAACAAGAAGACAGGUCGGACAGGUCCCACCGAAGUGGCAGGGGAUCGUGCCUAUCAGGUUAUCCAUGGAAGCACUAAACCUAACAAUGGGUAUCCUUGCAGGAUCAAGCAAGCCACACAUUUGUCUUAG